AUGGUUAUCAUUCAAAUGAUAUUUUUAUCACCGUUUCGUUGUAUGAUGAACUGUUUCAUAUCGAUUUUCAAUCUAGGUAAAACCAUUUUCAGUCUAAGUAUAAAAAAUUUCAAUGUAGUUAAAGAAAUUUUCAUUAAAAAGAAGAACAAUGAUACACCUGUUGAAAUCGUACAAAUGAGUAACAAACAACCGACAAUGAACAACAAACAACCGACAGUGAACAGUAAUCAGCCGGCAAUGAACAAAAAACAAAUCAGCAAACGAAGAAAAAUGUUUAGAGAGUUAAUUAUUUUAAUUGACAAAGUAAUUGCGAUUUCUGAACACGUACCGGGAAUACCAUUAAGCUGCUUAAGAUCAAUAAAAGACUUUUGUGAAUCGGCUAGUACUGGUUGUAUAAAGGAAAACAAGGAAUUGGCCAAAGUACUAAAUGCUUUAAUUGAUAUAAACCAGAUAAUUGAAUCCAUUAAUCUAAAUGAUGCACAAAAACAAAAAAUUCAACGAUUAUUACGUGCUGUUGAAGCAUACAUACAUGGAUUAUCAAAUGAAAUCAAUCAAACAAAAUUAGAUAUGAUUGAUGUUAAGAAUGAAAACCAAGAUAUCAAAACAGAAUUAAUCAAUUUAACCAGCCAAUUGAUUGAGCUACGGACACAAAAUGACAGCAUGAACAAACAAUUAUUAUCCUCAGACAAAAGGAUUGAUCUAGUUCAAACUGAAUUGUCAGCAAAACUAAACGUUUUACAGAUCGAACUUGGUGAUCUAAGUAUAAAAGCUAGUGAAAAAGUAAUACAGAACGUUUUUGCUAAUCUUUUAACACCUGUAAUCGAUCAAAUCAGAGAAGAAUUCGAUCGAAAAAGUCAAGAAGAAACAAGUGCACCACAAAUAAUCUAUGAUUUUAAAGCAUCUUAUAAUCGAGCUGCUUUAGAAUUCAUCAAAUCGGAAAGGCCGAUAAAUGAUAAACGACUGAAAUUAAUCAAUAAAAAAUUAAUCGAAUUUGCUAAACAAUCAAAAAUUAAAAUGACUGAAUUAGUUGAUUUACUUAUUUACAAAUCGGACAGAAAUUUCAAGUGCCAUGGGUUCAUAGAAUCCUAUAUCAACGAUGAAUUUAAAAAUCCAACUAAUGUAAAUGAUUUCAUCAAAUACUUAGAAGACGAAAGUUCUGUAAAAUUAAUUCUGAACGAUCAGAAAAAACAUAUAUUAAUGAUGCUAGUUAAUGUCAAUGUUUUACUUCGUGAAAACGUAGUCGUAUUAAGAUCAAUUACUCGUACAUAUCUUGAUGAUCCACAAACAUCCAAUAAUAAUAUUAAUGGUCCAUUGCGUAUACCUAUUGCUGAACAAUACGAAGACAAGGGCACUAUUGUUGUGGGUAAAAUUGAGUCAGGAUCGUGUCGUGUUGGUGAUCAAUGUUUCCUUAUGCCUGAAACAAAAGUUGUUGAAAUUGCAAAUAUUUAUUAUGAAGAUAUGAAAACUGAUACUGGCUUGUGUGGACAAAAUGUUAAAGUCACAUUAAAAACAAUCGAAGAACUAAUAAUCUCACCCGGAUUUGUACUAUGCAAUGCUCAAGAAGAACUAUGCAGUGUUGGAAGAAUUUUCGAUGCACAAGUGAUGAUAACUACACCCAAAUCUACAAUUUCUUCAGGUUAUUCAGCUUCGCUUCAUAUUCAUACAGCCAUUGCUGCAGUUCAAUUAAAACAAUUGAUAACAUUGAUUGAUUAUAAAACUGGUGAAAGAAUACAAGAAAAUCCAAUAUCUAUUAGAAAAAAUCAAGUAGCAAUUGCAAGAUUCGAAUUAUUAGAAACUGGACGAACCAUUUGUAUGGAACCAUUUAGAAUUUUUCCUGAACUUAGUCGAUUUAAAUUACGCAAUGAAGGUCGAAUUGUUGCUAUGGGUAAAAUUCUUGAAGUGAUCGCGUGA